AAGAUGAUUACGCCUUUUCUUUUGUCAGUUGACUAGUGACGUUCAGCCUCAUUUAAAGGUUGUUGACACUGAAGGCUGACUCAAUGACCAAGGUAGCUUUCCUUUCCCUGCUGUGUUUUCAGGCAUUUUGGGGCCAUCAUCAGUCACAGGAACAUGUGCCACUGCGCUUUGUUGCAAUCGGAGACUGGGGGGGUAUUCCCGUGGCCCCAUAUUCCACCUACCUGCAGAGGGCGAAUGCUGCUGAACUGGGACGAGUGGCUCAAACCACAGGCCUCGACUUCAUCCUGAGCUUGGGUGACCAUUUCUAUUUCAAUGGAGUGAAAAGUGUAGAGGACAUUCGGUUCAAGUUUACUUUUGAAAACGUCUUUUCGCACCCUUCGCUGCGUGACGUCCCGUGGUACCUCCUGGCAGGAAAUCACGACCACUUGAGAAACGUCUCGGCGCAGAUAGUGUACUCUGCGAGAUCUGAGAGAUGGCACUUCCCCGCACUGUACUAUGAGAUAAACUUAAAGGUUCCACACAGCAAAGCGUCAGUGACGAUCCUCAUGACUGACACCGUGGUGCUGUGUGGAAACACAUACGAUGGGCUUCAGCCCGCAGGACCGGAGGACUCCAAAGCGGCUGCCAAGCAACUGGAGUGGAUUAACGCACGCCUAGCUAACACCAAGUCUGAGUUUGUGGUGGUGGCGGGGCACUACCCCGUGUGGUCAGUAGGUCACCACGGACCCACACCUUGCCUGGUGGAGAAGCUAAGACCCCUGCUGAAGAAACAUAAUGUGACAGUGUACCUGAGUGGCCAUGACCACAGCCUACAGUUUAUCCAAGAGGAUGAUGGGAGUAUGUAUGUCAUCAGCGGAAGUGGGAAUUUCGAGGACUUGUCCACAGCCCACCAGACGAGUUUCCCUGCUUCCUGGUUACGGUUCUCCAGUGCAGUCAAUAAUACACAAGGUGGCUUCGCUUAUUUUGAGGUCACUUCAGAAACUAUGGCCAUCAGUUACCUCCAAGCAGAUGGUAAAUGUGUAUAUCAAAGUGUUUUGCAAAAGCGCAGCGUUUGACAGAGGCAGAGGAGAUUUAAACUCUAUGUAAAUCUCCAUAAUAACAUAUUGUCACAGGUCUUUAAUCCUUUUUCAUUCUGUACCUAAUACACUGCAAAAGAAUACAAAAAAUAAGGACAUGUUAACAAGUAUUUUAGUCUUGUAUUUAGAUUUAAAAUGUUAUUUCUACCACUUUUUUGCCAAAUGUGAGUUUGACUCUUUCCAAGAUUUGCCAAACGAUAUCACUUGAAAAGUGAAAAGUAAUUAAAAACAAGCAAAUAUUUUCUAAUGUAGAAUCACCAAGUUAAUUCAGUCAACUUAACAUUGCAACUUUCAUAAUGAAUAAAUAAGAAAUUACUUCCA